CAGACUCCCUUUACAUAGCUGCACUUACCUGGCAAAACCCGCAUGCUCCUGCGAAUACUACUGAGCUCUAAUUUGAUCCGAUCCUGUUUACCUGCGAGUAACCAGUGAAUUGACCCGCGAGCUUAACCAUCGCUAGCGUUCCUCUUUGCCAACAUAUCAAAAAGAAAGCACAUAUGACCAAUACUACCCCACCGACGUCGCCCAUUCCCAAGCCAAAAAAGCGCAAGUAUAGCCGCGGGGGAUGCAAAGAGUGCAAACGGCGGAAAAUGAAGUGCGACGAAACCAAACCCUCGUGUUGGCAGUGCUCCCGCUUGGGUAAGAGGUGCGUAUAUGAGUCGCAUCCAGGCGAGCUCCCGGAGAAGUCUCUCUACGCAGAUGCCCAGGCGUAUCCUUCCCAGCCGCCAUACCCGGAUUAUCAUAGCCAUACCCACAUAAACCAGGGAUAUCUACCGGUAGCCCCACCUAGCAUGGGCGCCUUUCCCGCAGAGCCCAUCUACUACGCGCGGAAUCAUCCCGCCAAGACUCCUUCAGAGACACCCAUUUCGCCUCUCCCCGGACUGUCCGGUUCCAUUCCCACGCUUGACAAGAUCCUAAAUUUUGGCAGAACCCAAGCCGUGAGCAUUUACCCGAAUGGGCAUACAAGCGGGCCUCCAAAUGGGUACCCUCCUCCCAUUUACCUUCCAUCGAUAAACCCCCGUCCGGACGGCCUUCCACGCCCAAAUUUCUCGCGCUUCACCUUCCAGAGCCCCGGGCUGUUUGCCCAGCCCUCGCCCGCCUCCAGUGCCAGCGAGUUCCUCGAUUUUGGCCUCGACGACGGGGCGUUGUCAUCGCUCUUUUCAAACGACGAGGAGAUGCUUUUUAACGCAAACUUACUAGCGCACAACUUGAACGACUUGGUGACGAUGCGGCUCGAUGAAGUCCAGGGCGGCCAGGACGGAAAGGUUGUGGCAGAGGCCAGUCUAGGGACAGUGCCGGUGGUGGCAGGAGACCACGGAGAAAGCACCCGUGGUGCCCCUGAGGGUAUUCCUCAGGGAGCCCCGCUGGCUACCCCGGGUAUGGGCAAAUCUCCUUUAGGUGGUACCCCUCCGGGUAUGCUUGAGGGUACCCCUCCCGGAGUACCCAACAGUGACCUUUUGGGUACGACCUCCCUGGGAACCCCAGAAACUCUCCAAUGGUACUGCCCGGGUCUCGCCCAGAACAUCCCCCCCUCCUUCCUCAGCCUCACGGGCCGCCACCAGACGUUCUUCCACCACUUCUACUACGACUUUGCCACCGUCGCGCUUCCCUUCCCCGCCUUCCAGAGCCGUGAACUCAACCCCAUUCGCGACAUUCUCCUCACCUACGCGGCCAAGGAGCAGUAUAUGCUCUCGGCCAUUCUCGCCUGUGGCGCACGCGUGUCUCACCGCCGAACCUCCCGCCACGAGGACAACGAGGCGUACUGCUCAUAUCUCUCGAUGUGUUUGGAGACGCUCGCGAAGAUUCUUGCAGAAAAAAAGAUUGGCAAGAACAUCGAAUCAAUGUUGCUCACAAUUUUGUUGCUCACUUCAGAGAAUGCCGCGAGCAAGAGCCAGGCCUGGCGGACGCAUCUCCGUGGGGCAAAGGACUUGUUGUUGAAGUAUUUCACACUCAAGGCAAAGCCGUCGGUGGUGUUGAUCUUCUGUAAGGCGUGGUUUGCCCUGUUGGAGACCCUUGCGGGGUUGAGUAAUCCUUGGGGAGGGACCCUUAAACUGGCACACGAGUUUGGCUUGUUGUCGCCGAUGGACAAGCGCGAGACGGCAGCGUUGCAGAAGCUCCAGUUGGUGCGGAAGGACGGGUUCAACUUGUUAUUUGGGUGUACAAACGAGACGGCGGCAUUGUUAGGGGAUUUGAUCAAGAUAAUGCACCGGCCGCUGAGGUCAGAGGAGCAAUCAGAGGCAGGGGCGCAGCUAAAGGCGGGGCAGAGGCCAGAGACAAAUCCAGAGGUGGACUCAGAAACGAAUUCAGAAGAGCCUGAACAGAUGUACUCUGAGAUCACACGGCUCAUCGCGGGCUUGCACCGGCAGCUGGAGUUUCUGGUGAUUCACAAAAGCGGGGUGGUACCAAAGUCGCAUCCAAUGUACCGGAAAAUAAUGAGCGAUCAUCUCGACGAAAUUAAUGGCCCCUCAAGUGAUCCGGUACCCGCUUCUCGAAGCACCUUCCCGCAAAACUCGACUAGAGAUUCUUUGUCGCAAACCCCAAUGGGAAACAACCUGGGGUCGAAUUCUUUAGCCGGCCUCCCUCUUAUUUUGCCUCCCACACUCCCAGACAUUCAGCUCUCGCCCGCAGCGACGGGUGUGGCGAGACUCUCCGAGCCUGUGGCGUACAGCUGGUUCGACAUUGCGCAACAGGCGUAUGUAAAUACGGCGUUGCUCACGGUCUACCACCGGCUUCUCGGGAUGCCAAAGCGGCACCCGGUGGUGCAGGGCUUGGCGAAGCGUGUGCUCUCGCUCAUGGUGUUCCUCGACGACCCGGUUCCUACAAAGUCGUACGCCCCAAUGAUGGUCCAGUGGUCGAUGUUCUUCACGGGACAAUGUUGUGCGGAGGACUCUGACCGGAAACGGGCGGAGAAGUUCUUCCGCUUGCUUUCGGAGCUAGGUGCCGGCUCUGCUGGGUUUAUUCUUGCAAAACUCCGUCAAACCUGGGAUAGGGAUGAUAGAAAGCAGGGGGGGAUGGAGGAGGAAACAAGUGCUGUUGAUAAGGUGAAGGAGAUUGAUAUUCUCACGUAUUAGGCAGAGGGGUCCUCUCUAUAACAAACGAUGGUUGUUUCACAGAGAUGGUUUAUCGGUAAUGAAUGAAAUGACCGAUUCUAUCGAAACUAUACUUGAUUGGACUGAAAAUAGCCAAAUAUUGAUUGGACUGAAAAUUGCCCAAUGUUAAUUGGAUUAAAACCAGCUAUGAUUGAUUGGACUCUGUAAUUUACCAGGUUACUAAUUAUUUUAGCCAACGGCUUAUUCUAGUGAAUCAUGGGAUGGCUGAUUUAUGUGAAACAUAACGGAAAAUUAAGGAAAUCAAUACCACCAGAUGGUUAAUCUGAAUGCCAAAAAAUCAAGGAAAUAAAUGUCACCAGGUGAUUAAUCUGAAUGACUGCCAAAAAAUUAACUAGAUCGAAAUAGACAAGAAACUGCUGCUUAAAAUAGUCCUACUGCAGUACCGACUUGACGUCCCUUUAUUAUUAUCGUAUCAGGGCUGUC